GCUUCCGCCAUCCUCCUCCUUCAAGCCACAAUCACCCACCAGGCCACCACUCCCGCCUAUCUCCGCACUGCUUCCCGACGGCGGCGGCGCUGCUCCAGAUCUACGGCCAAGCGCACCCCUUCCCUUCCCUUCCCCAACUACUCCCGCCGAAGGCCGCCUACGGGGCAACCCGGCCCCACAUCAUCGAACGGGAACCGGCCGCCGCCGCCGCCACGCCCGGGGGCCGCGGGCGCACCGCCUCCGACACAUCUACGGCGGGAGGAGCUCUCCCUGCCCUGCUCGCGCGCAAGCUGCAAGGCUAGAGUUUCCCAUAAAUAACUAGAUGGCUCAAGCUGCAAGGCUGAGUCUAAGAAUGCAGAAAGAGAUUAAACUUCUGCUCAGCGAUCCACCUCCUGGAGUUUCUCUUAAUCUGUCUGAUGAGGAAAGUUCCUUGCCGUCUUUAUCGAGCAUUGAGACCAGAAUUGAGGGCCCUGAGGGAACAGUUUAUUCAAAAGGAGUUUUCAUUCUGAAGAUCCAGAUUCCUGAGAGAUAUCCUUUUCAACCUCCCAAUGUGACUUUUGUUACUCCCAUCUAUCACCCCAACAUCGACAAUGGAGGACGCAUUUGCCUUGACAUUCUAAAUUUACCUCCAAAGGGUGCCUGGCAACCAUCACUCAACAUUUCUACUGUUUUGAGAAGCAUUGGUUUGCUGCUAACUGAGCCAAAUCCUGAUGACGGGCUCAUGGCGGAAAUAAGUCAAGAGUACAAAUACAACAGACAGGUUUUUGACAUAAAUGCUCAAUCUUGGACUCAGAAGUAUGCUAAUCCGGCAGUAGUUGGCACAAGUGGUUGGAGCUCUUUAGAUGCUUCAGUUCAGGCACAGACCAUGAAAAUGGAGAACUCACAGAACCUGGAACCUUUGCUGGAAGUUCCUAACAAAGAUUGUGGAGGGAGUCGAAAGAAGAUGCGGUUACUGGGUAAAAAGUUAUCACUAAAAUCAGAAGGAUCUGAAGAGAAUGCCAGCACUCUUAAGCAGGAUGUGGUGGCAGGCCACUUACUAUCCACGGCAGUAUCCACUCUUCCUACUACAUGCUUGUCUCAUGUUUCUGUCAGACAGAAUCCUACUUCCGAAAGUAUUUCUGCCAGUGCUGAUAGUGGAGUAAUUUCAAAGAAACAAUACCAAGUAAAUAGAGCAAACUUCCAGUUACAUGGACAGAGACCUUCUGUUACAUUAGAGGCUCCAAACCAAAGGACCAGUGACAGUGUGGAAGGUAAGUUCCCCAAUCAUCUUCCAGUGUCAGCAUCCGAUACUAAAGAUCAUGUCACGCAAUCUUCUGGUGAUGUCUUAGUGAAGAGUAUGACAAAAAGCAUUGGUGAAUCAUCAGGUAAUGUGCAUAAAUCAUCAGAAGGCAAUAGAACGACUGUUGGGUCACUUGGUCAGACGAUGCAACUGAAAUUGCUAAAGCCUGAAAGCAAGAGCAAUGAUCAGAAUGAAUAUAUGGCUCCAGAUCAUCUUUCUUCACUGCCAGGUUUUAAUAAUCUGCAGAAAAAGUCCUCAGAUGUUUCAAAGGAAAUUUCUAUUGGAUGUGCUGAUCUGGUUCAAGACAAUUCUCAUACUGAGCAUGUACUUUCUAAAACCCAGUCGGUAAUACAUAAAGAAUACAAUCAAGGUCGAAAGAAGCUGAGCUUACUAAGUAAGAGGCUGUCACUGAAAUCUGAGCUGCCUGAGAUGGACAGGACAAGUGACAAGGGAUAUAAGCCAUCUAAUUGUUCACAGGAUGAUAGGAAGCCUAGUGAACUGCCAUUGUCAGGUCCAGUUGCCAUAAGCCGAACCAGGGACCUGGGCUUUGUUGAUUCACAGAAAAGUUUCAGCCAAAGCGAUCGUCCCGUCAAACAGAAUGCAACAUCUAUGAAAAAUGUUGUUUCAGACAGUGAAGAUAGUGCAGACGAAUGUCAGGUCAUUGAACCAGGCCUUGUUCAAUCACACAAAAGUGUCAGCCAAAGCAAUUGUUCCACCAAACAAAAUGUAAAGCUGAUGGAGAUUGUUUCAGAUAGCGAAGAUAGCGCAGACGAACGUGAAAAAAAACCUUCAAGAUCAAGGUUAUCGUUGAUGAAGAGGCAGUUGGCUGGAAAGCUUCGAAGUUGAUUCCAUCCGAAAAAGUUGCUGUCAUGUAGAUGCUUUGAAGAUGAAGAUGUCCCAUUAGUAACCAGGCUGUUUCUGGGCAGCUCGCGCACGUUUUGAUGUUUAUAUUGCUUUAUGAUGUGGCGACUGUUGUGGUUGUGUUAGCAGCUAGUCUCAUUGGGAGCAACUCUGUUUCUAUGUUUUUAUCCCUGGUUACGAUGUAAAAAGAAACAAGCAAGAAAGCAACGUGCUUUCUUUUUAUCUCAUAUGAUGCUUACUUUC